AUGCCCCCAAAGAAGACCGCAAAGAGUGCCAGCUCGGCUGGCACUCGAUCAUCGAGCCGCAACAAGUCGAGCGGAGAGUCAAAAGCAGCGCCUGCCAGCAAGGAUACAUCCUCAUCCUCCUCGAAAACGAGCGCGAGCAAGCCGGCCAGUAAGCCCAAAUCGGAGUCCAAAGGGAAGCCGGCAAGCAAGAGCAAGAAGCCGGCGAGCAAGGCAGACGAUACGGCUGACAAGGAAGCUGGCGCGAACAAGGGAAAGCCGGCUUCGAAGCGCAAGGCAUCGUCGGGUGAUGACAAGCACGAUGGCUCGAAGAAGUUCAAGGACGAGAAGACCGAAGUGCCCAGUCAAGGACAAGAAUUCCACCCACCUGAUCCGCAGCAGUCCUUUACGAUCACUGCACCUCCGCCUAAGCGCGAUCCCAAGUCGAAAGAAUUUACAUUCCACGAGAGCGAACAUGCCGAGCGUUUGCUGUUCCAUCCUAAUCUGAGUCCUGAAGAGGUCCUCCGUCGCGGAGCUUUCGGCGGAUCCUACUUUAGACCGAUCGAGAGCAAGAAGCUUGGGAAAGAGUUUCACGAUGACUGGUCGGAUCUGCCGCGCUCUUGGUUCGAGGGUCUCGAGCACCAGAAAUACCUCACCAACCCAGAGUACGAUGUCGAAGUGUGCUGCUUCAAGAGCAAGGUCGGUCAGACUUACGAGGCCUGGGAAGAUCAAGGGUGGAUCAAAUACGAACACGAUGUGCGAGGCUGGUUCCAGUGGUACUGCCGCUUCUUCCUCGGCCGACGGUGUGAGGAUGACGAGCGCCAAAUGUCGCGCUGGAAAGGCAUCGCCUCAAAGUCUGGACGAUUUCGCAAUACGUUAUUGAACAAGUAUGUCAAUCAGGGUUACAACGACAUUGAUCCUGAGCACGAGCCUAUCUCGCCGGGCAUUCGCCAGACGCUUCUUCACUGGGCAUUUGAUCUUACGACGGCUCAUCUUGACAUGCACAAGAAGGCCAAAGGUCUCAAGGUCCCUGACCAUGGCGACGGCGAAGAGGGAGACUUUAAUGAAGAGGAUGACUCGUAA